AUGAGGAAUGCUGAUGAUCCUAAAAGUUUGCUUCGUCGCUAUAUGUCCUCUAGGCAAUCAAAAAUCGAUUUUUUGUUUGAUCAUUUGUUGCUACAGGUAGAUAGGCUCUUUCGGAAUCCUAACUGGCUUCCUAUAGAAACAUGUCAAAUCUCUUUUUAUUCUGAGAGGCUCAGCUCCCUGUCUAUAGCAUUCCACAGUUUUACAAUCACAGAUGAGGAUUUUCGUUAUCAGUUACUUGACAACGUAUCACUAAGUCUUCUGGUUAAUAAUCUAAUUUCGCCUGAGAUGUCAAGCGUUUAUCAUUUGGAUCUCACCCUUGUUGGGGAUCAACUAGCAUCUGAUGUGGCUCUGAUUUAUAAAGCCUGCAUGAAAGAUUUGGGGAAGGCAGAGGAAUUUGAUCACCAGUACUUCGCUUCCCAGUUCUAUUUUGACAGAAAGAAUUUUCAAGAACAAUGCGGGGAGGAAGUUUUUGUUGGAUUUCAUGAGGAGGCAAGGAAUCUACUCAAACAACUUGCAUGUAUCAGAAAGAAGCAGCUUCAGGUUAUCUCUAUUGUAGGGAUGGCCGGACUUUGUAAGACUACAUUAGCUCGAAGGCUUUAUAAUGAUCCUUAUGUAGUGUCGUACUUUUAUGUUCAAGCAUGGGUCACUUGCUCUCAGGCUUAUGUAAAACGCGAUCUAUUGCUUGGCAUCUUAAGGUCUGUCGUUGAGAUUAAUGAUGAAGUCUGUAGAAUGAAUAAUGAAAUGUUAGCCCUUGUCUUGUAUCGUGCUUUAAAGGGUCGAAGGUACCUCAUUGUAAUUGAUGAUCUAUGGAGUAGCAAGGCAUGGGAUGAUUUUAAAAGCUCUUUUCCUGAUGACAACAAUGGGAGCAAGAUCAUGCUGACCACCCGGCUCAAAGACGUUGCUUUGCAUGCACAAUCUGAUGGGAAUCCGCUUUGUUUGCGUUUCUUAACAGAAGUGGAAAGUUUUGAUUUGUUCAGGAGGAAAACUCUAAUAGCUGGAAAGUUUUUUGAUGAAUUCAGUUUCAUCGGAAAGAUGAUUACAAGAAAAUGUCAUGGUUUGCCUCUCGCAAUUGUUGUAAUUGCAGGACUACUCAAGAAUAAUUAUGAGCUAGACUGGUGGGCACAUGUCGCGGAAAGUGUGAGUUCAUAUAUUGUAACUGAUGUAAAUCAAUACAUUGAUACACUCGCGUUGAGUUAUAACCACCUGCCUCAGCACUUGAGACCUUGUCUCCUCUAUUUUGGAGCAUUCCCAGAAGAUCAUGACAUACCAGCGCGUAAGUUGACAAUGUUGUGGAUUGCAGAAGGAUUCAUACAUCAGGAUAGCACAGAAAAGAGUUUGGAGGAUGUUGCAGAGGAUUACCUGAUGGAUCUUGUCAGGAGAAGCCUGAUUGUUGUAAGCAAUAGUGGAUUGGAUGGUGCAAUCAAAACAUGUCGUGUACAUGAUCUCUUGCAUGAUUUGUGCUUAAGGAAAGCCAAGGAAGACAAUUUUUCACCAAAUACUUAUGUGCACAUAAAACCAUCUUAUCUGUGUGCUUUUUGCUCAGCUUCUGGCGUUUCUUUAACAAGAUCUCCUGUCAGCCUGAGCACUAGUGUCCUUGAUAUCACAUCGCUUUGUUUCUGCGCAUCUUCUAGCACCUACUAUUCUCUUUUCAAAGAUAUAUCAAUGAACUGGAAUACUUCCAAAGCUAUUAGGGCCUUGGAUAUAUCAUCCAUAGAAUUGUUGGAAUUUCCAAACCAUGUCACUCGUAAGCCCUACUCGGCCAUGUCAACAACUCCUAAUUUGCGGAAACUAGGUCUUUGUGGAGCAUUGACAACAAGGAGUGGGGAUUUGAAGUGUCCUGAUAUAGACUUUUUAGCACACCUCAAAACAUUGAAGCUGUUUAAUACAAUUCCCAUGUCCAAAGCUGGAAGACUAAGCAGUUCAAUAUUAUUCCCUAGAAGUCUCAGAAAACUUACUGUGUCAAAUUUAUAUCUGCAUUGGAAGGAAGCUUGGGUGUUCGAACUGAUACCCAACCUUGAAGUUCUCAAGUUGAAAUUUCAUGCAUUUGUUGGUAAAGGCUGGGAGACAAGUCCAAAAGCAUUCCCUUGUCUCAAAUUUCUGAGAUUUCAUGAACUGGAUCUUGAGACUUGGACGGCUUCUCAUGAUCAUUUCCCGGUGCUUCAGCGGUUGCAGGUGUACCGAUGCCCAUAUCUGAUGGAGAUUCCAGAAGACUUUGGUAAUAUAUGCACACUUGAGUGGAUUGAGUUAAGUGAAUGUAGUGAUGCUGCAUCAAAUUCUGCAAGGGAUAUCCGGGAAGUGCAAGAGAGCUUUGGCAACGAUUGGCCUAAAAUCCUUCUCAACCCGAGGGUAUGA